ACAUGGAAUUAUAAUUGUACCACUUAUGAAUGUGUUAAGACUGAUGAAGGCACAAUGAUUCUGAACUUCAGUAUGGUCUGUCCCCCUUUUAAUGAGACUGAAUGCAAACUGAAUGAAGGGGUUGUGAAGCUUUAUAAUGAAGGCUGUUGCAAGAUCUGUAAACGAGAAGAAAGAAUAUGCCAGAAAGUGAUCAUUAAAUCAGUCAUAAGGAAACAGGACUGUACAAGUCAAAGCUCUAUAAAUGUUGCAUCUUGUGAUGGAAAAUGCCCAUCCGCUACCAUAUAUAACGUCAAUAUUGAGAGCCAUCUAAGAUUCUGCAAGUGUUGUCGUGAAAACGGAGUUCGAAACUUGACUGUGCCGCUGUAUUGUUCAGGAAAUGGCACUGAAAUCAUGUACACUCUCCAGGAACCCAUAGACUGCACAUGCCAGUGGAAUUAAGCUUCGGGAUUCCACGAACUCUAGGCCACAUCAUCAUGUCAAAUGGAGUUAACUUUUAUCACUAGUAUUUAGGCACUGGGCAGAUUUAUAACUGUUUAAUGAUAAUAUAUAUAUAUUUUUUAGACUAUUGGGAUAUAGCAGUUUAACACAUGGUACAAAAUAUGCACAAUUUCCAUGGAAAAACUUGAUUUAUUGAUUUACUUUAAGGAAUCAAGUCAUUUUAAGUUGUUCAGUUGAAAUGCUGUUAUGUAUAUAAUAGCAACAUGCUGCAGACCUGGGGUAUGCUCUUUCAUUAGAAACUUAUUUUGCAGAAUUCUUGCAACUUCACUCAGUAGUUAUUUUUUGAUUUGCAAAGUCUGCCAUAGCUAUCCAAAUUAAGAUACUCUUUUAUCUCUACAGUGUAGUCUGGUAAAUGUAAUCAGUUAAAAUUGGAGAGUCAGAAAGAGUGGUAUGUUUAGAGACAGAUCAUAGAACUAUAGGAUUUUAGGUUAUUUAGAGCUUGAAUGGCUCCUAGGGAUAUUAUUGCAAAUUUCUCAUUUCACAGGUGUAGCAGAUAGCCAGAGAAGCUGUAUGAUUUGUACAAAUUAAUUCAGUGUAACAAAACGAGUAUAGUGAAUUCAUGUUUACAGUUAAGUUUAAGUCUUUUUAUAUUCCAGUCCUAUGAUCUUUUCUUUUGGACAGUAUAAUUAGGUGUCUAUCACAGAAUCUUUCAUUCUUAAACAGUUUGCUUUGCAUAAAGUUAAGAAUUUUAAAUGUAAUGCCUUUAUAAAAAGGUAAAAACAAUGCCACAUAUAUAUGUAUAAACAUACCUAUAAUAGUUAUCUCAAUAAUAAGUAAUGGGGAAAUGUAGCAUCAGUUGCUAAAUAGAGGAGGGAUAUCUUGGGCUUUUAUUUUUUAUACCACUAAAACUGUUAUUAAAUAAAAUAUGUUAUUACUAUUUAACAUUUAGUUAGCUAUUUACUAUCUCAUGCACAUCUGACUUUUGAGAUGCAUUUGCAUACUAUUGAGGUUGCAUGUUAUUUUGCUUUACAUGCUGCUCCUUUGCCAAUGAAGGAUGAAAUAAAAUUAUUUGAAUGUAUUAAUAAUUCUAUAAUGGAAUGCUGCACUUUUGGAAUAUAGUAGCUGAUUGAUAUUUGCAAAGAAUAUAUCCUGAGAUCUUUGCAAAUCCCCAAAUUGUUUGACACUUAUAGUACAUAAUUAUCUGCAUUUCCUCAUGUGCAACAAGCAGAGAAUGCCCUACUUGGUAUUAUUGUUAUGGGGACCCAAUGAAGUCAAACAUCAACAAAAGAACAGUAAAGUUGCAUUGAAAAGCAGAUGCAGGGGCCUGAUGGCCUAGGCUCAGAUUUUACCUAGGUGAUUUGCUUCCAUUUCAAAAUCAUGUUUCCCAGAAAAACUGCAACUUAUUAGAUAUUUUGGAUCUCCAUGGUUACUUAGAAAUGGAUGAAAGAAUGAACUGAACAUUGCAUCUGCAAAGCCCCAGUGUCUACGAUAUAUAAAAAUUGACUUUUAUCUUAUUUGUGCUUACUAUGAGUGUUUUGUCUAGACGUUAACAUUUCAAUAUUCUUGGACUCCUGUUAGCAUAUAGACUGAAUCAAAUGUUUUUGGUUAAAAUAAGUUAACAUUUUGCUUGAGAAAAACUGUUAUGUACCUCAAACAAGGCACAUAAUAUUGUAUAUUGUCUACCACUCACUUUAUU